UUAUUGAUUCAAGAAUAGGUAAUGCUACAGUUGACUUUUGAACUCGAUGCUGCUACAACCAAGGUUCUUUGCUGUAUAUUGUUUGCUACAAGUAAUGCUGUGCAUGUUUUUCUGCCUGUUUCUAUAUCCCUGUUUAUUGUUCAAUUCGCCUUUUCUUUGAUGUAUUUAGAGGCGCUGGCUGCCUCAUCAUACAUACUACUGAUAAAUGCCGUCUGCUCCACUCGUUCGCUGUCCCUGAAGUGGCCGGUGAGGUGCUCUAUCAGAAGAAAGCUUUCCUGAUCUUGUCUCCGAACCCGACACCAGUGACAGACUCCA